UGCCCAGUCGCAGCCCUGUAGCCGCGGUUUCACUUGAGGAGGGAACUAGACAGCAGGUCGCCACCAGCCACUUGUGGAGUCCCACAUCGCCAGCUGGAGCGCGGAGCACGGGACACGCAAGGGAAGGAGGCGCAGAGGACUCGAGACCCCCAGGGCUGGGCACACUCCCCUGUCCCCGGGACAGAAGGCAAUCGUCGGAAAAACGGGAGGGAGGAGGCSGUCUAUCUGAAAUAGUCGCGGGACAGACUGAACGUACGUCCCUCGGAAGGACGAGGGUAUGGAUAAGCUGGCGCAGAUCAUCUCCUUCGGCCAGCUCAUCUACAAACAGUGUGAAGAGAUGAAAUACUGCCAGAAGCAGUGCCGGCGUCUGGGGAGCCGUGUCCACAGCCUGCUGCAGCCUCUGAAGAUGCUCCAGGACCAAGGAGAGAGGAAACUGUCCGCUGAGAUAAUGGCUGCCCUGAACCAUUUCAAAGCUGCCCUGGAGGAAGCUAAGAGGCAGAUAGAAAAGUUCAGCAGUAAAUCUAAUAUCUGGAAGUUUCUAAAGGCAGGUGAUAACAAGAUACUCUUCAGGGAAGUGAAUGAACAGCUGAGAGAUGUCUACGAGGAGCUCUCAUUGCUACUUCAGGCUGAUCAGCUUAUUUUCAGGGUCAGCCAAGGAGCAUCCUGGGCACAGGAAGAUCAGCAGGAUGCAGAGGAAGACAAACAAGUCUUGCAAAGCUUACCCCAAAGAAUGGAAAAUGAAAACAUUAAAGCUUCACUGAGGAGGUUGGAAAUCAACAUGAAAGAAAUCAAGGAAACCUUACGGCAGUUGCUGGGCUCAGACUCAUCAAAACCCAUGCAGAAGAUCCCACAGGACCAAGUCAAGGAGAUUAAGAAGGAACAGCUUUUAGGAUCCCCAUGGAUCCUGCUGAGGGAAGACGAAUUCAGCACACUCUAUAAAGGAGAGUACCAUAGAUCUCCAGUGGCCAUAAAAGUAUUCAACAAACCCCAGGCCAGAAGCAUUGGAACCGUGAGGCAUACCUUCAAUAAUGAGAUCAGAACAAUGAAGAAAUUUGAUUCCCCCAACAUCCUGCGUAUAUUUGGGAUUUGCAUUGAUGAAACAGUGAGUCCACCUCAAUUCUCCAUCGUCACGGAGUACUGUGAACUGGGGACCCUGAGGGAGCUGUUGGAUAAGGAAAAGGACCUCACCUUUGGUGUACGCAUCUUCCUGGUCUUGGGAGCAGCCAAAGGCUUGUACAGGCUACACCAUUCGGAAGCACCUGAACUCCAUAGCAAUAUCAGCAGCUCGAGUUUCCUGGUAACUGAGGGCUACCAAGUGAAGCUUGCAGGAUUUGAAUUGAGUAAAACACAGACUUCCAUCAGUCGGGAAACUAAAGGGAAUAAAGCAGAGAGAGUCAAUUCUACAGCUUAUGUCUCACCUCAGGGACUGGAAAAUGUGUUCCAUAAAUAUGACAUCAAAGCUGAAAUAUACAGCUUUGGAAUCGUCCUCUGGGAAAUUGCCACGGGGAAGAUCCCAUUUGAAGGCUACAACUCUAAGGCGAUUCACCAGCAGGUGGUUGUGGACCGGCAGCAGGAGCCACUGGGUGAAGACUGCCCUUUAGAGCUGCAGGAGAUCAUUGAUGAGUGCAGGGCCUAUGAGCCUUCCAAGCGGCCCUCUGUUAAUGGAAUCUUAGAGAAACUGUCUACCUUUACUUAGUUGUAUCAGAAACCUAAACCAAGGAGUCUCUGGACAAGAAGCACAAACUGGUCAUGUCUCUCUCUCAUAUCCUUUGGCAUCAAGCUACUAUGGGUGCAAGGAGGCAGUACUUCUCUAUUACAAAUAGAAACCAUUUGUAAUUCCAGUCAUACAGAGCACAUCCUGCUCCCAGUGGUUUUUCCAAAAAUAUGCUUCUGACUAUACCUAUAGAUGAUCUGCAAAACUUGAUAGAUGAUUUUCUGCCUAUGCCUCUUGACAAUGGGACUCUGCAGCUCCUUGCAUUGAGAACUGGAAAUCUGUUCUGUCUGAAUCCGGGAUGUCACUGUGACUUGAUUCACUCAAUAGAAUGUGGAAGAGGUGACAGUAUGCAAGUUCCAAAAUUGGGCUUCAAGAGGCCUUACAAGUGCUCACUCCCUUUCUUGGAACCCUACUCAGCCAUGAAAUUGGGCUAGCAAGCUGGAUAAUGGGAGACCACAUGGAGCACAGACAAGCUAUCCCUGCUAAGAUCAUAUUAAACCAGCCUGGCAACUGACCCAGUUAUAUGAGUGAGCCCAGGCAAGACCAAAACCACCCA